AUGUCGAUCCAACAACUUAAUACCUUUCUCAGAAAUCAAGAUGAAUACAGUCGUCGUUUCUGGGCAGCUCCACAACCAAUGUUCUUUCAAUACGACUAUGCCGAAUCGCAACAAGUAUUCAAGAAUAAAUAUCCAUCCAGUGAACUGAGAUCUCUCGGUGGUCUAUCAAGUUGGGAAUGGUUCAUUGAUGGAAAUAGUUUACCUAACAUCCGACUGAGAUUCUAUAACCAGAAAUUGCACGAUCCAGUUGCUCCUGUAUUGGCUCCUGCUAUAACCAUUGAUCAAUGCAAAACGCGUCCACAUCCAGGCGUAUUGGGCUUUGUUUAUGCCAUGUCGAAUACAGAUUUAGCAGCACUGGAACAAGAGCAAAGUUUGAAAGGCAGACAACAAUUAUACCUUCCUAUUGAACUUCAAACCAAGUCAACCAACGGAGCACUUACAGCAAAGGUUAUUUUAGCAAGUGUUUUUAUGGAUAUGGCUAAUACUCGAGAUGGAUUUGUUGAUUUGGCCAAUGAACUUACGAACUUAACUUGGGUUACAGCUAUCAAACGGAUGCUACAAAUGGGAAUUUUGGUGUGGUAUGUCAAGAAAAUCGAGAUGAAACUUAAAGGAAACGAAAUGAGUUUCGAACCCUUCUUUAUCAAUUACAAAGAUAAUCCCGUUAUCGAUCUACGAGCUUCUCGAAAGCAACGGCAGCAGGAAGAACAGCAAAAAGAAGAGCAGGAAAAGCACAAGCAAUCCUCCAAACAACCCAUAAUCACCUUUUCUCAACAACAAAAAGAUGCAAUGCUACAGCAAAUCUUCCGCCAUGGAAAUAUACCCAUGGAACAAGCUUCGAAACUUACGGAAAAACAAAAGAAUUUCGUAGUAGGUAGAUAUCUACGUAAACGACAAUUAAUCAUGCAUGAAAGACAAAAGACAGAUCGAGGACACCAAGAGGGAUCUCCUAAUCUGAAUGUUGAAGUCCCAGUACAACAACAGCAACAAAACCAACCGCCCAUUCAAAUCCCAGACCAGCAACCAAAUCCCCACACAGAAACUAUCCUAAAUGACGUGGUUCGCAAGCAAAAAAUGGCUCUGCAAGAGGAAGAGUCUAGAUAUGGUUUUAGCAUGCCACCGCCUAUACAACCUAUACAACAUGUACGUCGAUCUUCACAAAGCGGCCAAGUUCACGGAAAAGUACAAGUUCAUGCACAAGCACAAAAAGAAAAUACAAAACCACCACCUCCCCAUCUCAAUUAUCCUCAAAACCCCAAUAACCUCAAACGAUCAGCUUCGAAUUUCAUAUCGAGUGCAAAUGUUAACGGAGUACCGGAUGCCAAUAAGAGACGGAAUAUGGGGGGAGGUGCCGCUUGUACUUCUAAUAUGAAUAGGAAUGAGAAUCAAAGUGAGAAUGGAACUGAGAUCCCUGCAGCAGAACCGAAACGAAAAUACGCAGGAAGAGGAAGACCGAGGAAAAAUCCAAUUAUGCAGCCUCUUCUUGCUGUUGGAAAAUUAAUUGGGAAUUCACAGGUAGUGGGUGCUAGUGAGAAGGUACGCGCAGAUAUGUCGUCUGGGUCAUUUGGGGAUUGCAUGCUGGAUGGAAGUGCGAAUGCAAAUGCAAAUGCAAAUGGAAAUUUGAAGAAAAACAAUAAAUCAAAUAUUAAAACGCAAUUUCAUCCGCAUGUGCAACAAGCGGCGCAGAUGGUGUAUUAUUUUCAGCCGAAAGUGGGGGUUGAGCGGGCUGGGGAUGGGAGGUUGCAGGAUGAGGGGGAGCGGACUGCGGGUGGGGGGAAAGAAAGAAAGAAAGGCCAAACGAAGAGAAGCAAAACUAUAGCCAUCCGAUGA